AUGUCGACUGUGGGCGAUGAACGCAGCGACAAGCGGUUGGAGUUGGAACGGAAGAAGCAGAAGUUGGCCGAGAUGAGAGAGGCUCGAAGGCGAGCAGAUGAGGAGAAAAAACGUCAGCUUCUUGCAUCCGUACCAACCGAAAAUGGAACCGCAAGACAAACUCUAACUUCAACUGAGGUACAAGAAUUACUUGCCGAAGUCGGAAUUCCUGUUGAACCAAGGCUAGAAAAAACACCAGAAAAAACAAAUGGAUUAAACGAUAGUGACUACCACCUUUCUCCAAUGGCUUCACAGAUCAUGUCUGGUUCUCGAACUCUUCAGCUCGAUUUCUCCAACGUCCUUUCUGUGGCUAUUCCCACUAAGGACGCGGCGCAGUACUCAAAAACGACGCAAACAGAUGAUGAUCGUGUUUCUAUGGGGGAAUUCAGCACAGGUAGUCAAGAAUUCGACUAUGAUGACGACAUGCUGCCUAUGGACGGCGGCGGAUUCAGAGAUUUGAGCGAGGAAGAAAAAGCACAAAUAGUAGCCAGCCGAGGCUUUCAGACAUUCUUCAAUUAUGCUGCGAAAGUAAUAGAACGCGCUUUAGCAGAAGCUGAAAAUGUGAGUCACUGA